AUGCCUUCUAUCGAAACACCAUCGAACCCAACAACAACAGGAAAGAUGGCUGAAAACAAGAACUCGAUCAAGGUCUUAGAUGACUUAAUGUCGAAGUUGUCUGUUUCGAAAGAGCAGACUGACAUUAACGCUGCCACUCACAACCUCGCCAUUUUCAUUAAUGGUAACAUCGAGGAGAAUGAUGCCCCCACCAAAACCGUCGAGGCUUUGAAGAAGCAAUUGGCAAACAAGAAGGAUGCUAAUGUCAGAGAACGCGCUCUCAAUGCCAUCCAAGCAAUUGCUGAGCACUCCGAAGUCUCUGCCGCCGUCGAGCCAUACCUCAUUGUCCUCCUCGGCCCCGUCCUUAACUCCGUUGGUGACAAGAUGGUCCCAGUCAAGAACGCCGCACAAGCAGCUGCCUUGGCCAUCGUUAAGGCUGUCAACCCAAAUGCUGUCAAGGCAGUCCUCCCACCUAUCAUCAAAUCCAUCCUCGAAGCUCAAAAAUGGCCCGAAAAGAUGACCGGUCUUGACUGUAUCGAGGCUCUCGUCGAGUCAGCACCAACCCAAUUGGCUCUUAGAGUUCCAGAUCUUAUCCCAGUCGUUUCCGAAUCUAUGUGGGAUACCAAGCCAGAAGUCAAGAAGAGAGCAUACGGUAUCAUGGAGAAGGUCUGCGGCCUUAUCGUCAACAAGGAUAUCGAACGUUUCAUUCCAGAGUUGAUCAAGUGUAUCGCUAAGCCAGAGAACGUCCCAGAGACCAUUCACUUGCUCGGUGCCACUACUUUCGUCACUGACGUUCAUGAGCCAACUUUGGCUAUCAUGGUUCCUCUUUUGGAUCGUGGUCUUAGCGAGCGUGAGACUGCCAUCAAGAGAAAGUCCGCUGUCAUCAUUGACAACAUGUGCAAGUUGGUCGAGGACCCCAACAUUGUCGCUGCUUUCUUGCCAAAAUUGAUGCCAGGUCUCAUCAAGAACUACGAGAACUUGGCUGAUCCUGAGGCUCGUGAAAAGACCAAGCAAGGUCUUGACACCAUCAAGCGUGUCGGUGCCGUCGGCGCUGAUGGAAAGAUCCCAGAACCAUCAAACGCUGGUCAAGUUUCCACUGUUGAGGCCAUCCUCAAGGAUGUCCUUAGCUCCAACAAGAGUGCUCUCAAAUUCGAGCCAAUCAUCACAUACAUCGCCGCCAUUGCUGGUCAACUCAUCGAUGAAAAGGAUGCUGACUCCCACAGCUGGACUUCCAACCUCAAGCCAUUCGCCGUCGCACUUACUGGUGAGAAGGAUGCUCAAUCAGUUGUCGACAACCUCCGCAAGCGUGCCUCCCCAGGUGCCGAGGCUGAGGACGCCGAAGAGGCCGAUGAUGAGGAGGGUGAGGACCUUUGCAACUGUACCUUCAACUUGGCGUAUGGUGCCAAAAUUCUCCUUAACCAAACCCAUCUCCGUCUCAAGCGUGGUCAACGAUAUGGUCUUUGCGGUCCUAACGGUUCCGGAAAGUCUACUCUCAUGCGUGCUAUCAACAAUGAGCAAGUUGAGGGUUUCCCAAAGAAGAGCGAGGUCAAGACCGUGUUCGUUGAGCACGAUCUCGAUUCCGCUGAUACUGAGCAAACCACCAUUGCCUGGACCAUGAAGAAGCUUAAGGAGGUUGGUGUCGAGACUUCCCAAGAGGAAGUCGAGAAGCAAUUGUCUGAGUUCGGUUUCACCCCAGAGAUGACCAACAACUUGAUCACUGCCCUCUCCGGAGGAUGGAAGAUGAAGUUGGCUCUUUGCCGUGCUGUUUUCGAGUCUCCAGAUAUUCUCCUUUUGGAUGAGCCUACUAACCAUUUGGAUGUCAAGAACGUCAAGUGGCUCGAGGAAUAUCUCCAAAACUCCCCAUGUACCUCCAUCAUCGUUUCCCACGACUCCGCUUUCUUGGAUAACGUCUGUCAACACAUUAUCCAUUACGAGCGAUACAAGCUCAAGAGAUAUCGUGGUAACUUGAAGGAGUUCGUCAAGAAGUGCCCACAAGCCAAGUCUUACUACGAGCUUGGUGCCUCCGAGAUGGAAUUCAAGUUCCCUGAGCCAGGUUUCCUCGAGGGUGUCAAGACCAAGGCCAAGGCUAUUGUUCGUGUCAGCAAGAUGUCCUUCCAAUACCCAGGUACUCCAAAACCACAAAUUUCCGACAUCUCCUUCCAAUGUUCCCUCGGUUCCCGUAUUGCCGUUAUCGGUCCUAACGGAGCUGGUAAAUCCACUUUGAUCAACGUUCUCACUGGUGAACUCAUCCCAACUGAAGGUGAGGUUUACACCCACGAGAACAUCCGUAUCGCCUACAUUAAACAACACGCUUUCGCCCACAUCGAUCACCAUCUCGAGAAGACCCCAUCCGAAUAUAUUCAAUGGCGUUUCCAAACUGGUGAAGAUCGUGAGACCAUGGACAGAGCCAACAAGAUUGUCACUGAUGAGGAUGAGAAGGCUAUGGACAAGAUUUACAAGAUCGAAGGUACUCAACGUCGUGUUAUCGGUAUCCACUCCCGUCGUAAGUUCAAGAACUCUUACGAGUAUGAAUGUUCGUUCGCUCUCGGAGAGAACGUUGGCAUGAAGAACGAGAGAUGGGUUCCUAUGAUGACUGCAGACAACGCUUGGAUCCCACGUACUGAGAUCUUGGCUUCUCAUCAAAAGAUGGUUGCUGAAGUUGAUCAAAAGGAGGCUCUUGCCAGUGGUCAAUUCAGACCUUUGGUUAGAAAGGAGAUUGAACAGCACUGCGCCAACUUCGGUUUGGAUGCUGAGUUGGUUUCUCACUCCCGUAUGUUGGGUCUCUCCGGAGGUCAACGUGUCAAGGUCGUUCUCGCUGCUUGCUCGUGGCAACGUCCUCAUUUGAUCGUUCUUGACGAACCUACCAACUAUUUGGAUCGUGACUCUCUCGGUGCCUUGUCUAAGGCUCUCAGAAGCUUCGAGGGUGGUGUUAUCAUCAUUACUCACAGUGCUGAGUUCACCAAGAACAUCACUGAGGAAGUUUGGGCUGUAUUGGACGGAAAGAUGGUUGCAUCCGGACACAACUGGGUACAAGGUCAAGGAUCUGGACCCCGUCUCAAGGGAGACGAUGCCGAAGAAGAGGAGAAAUUCGAUGCCAUGGGUAACAAGAUUGUCUCCACCAAGAAGAAGGCCAAGCUUUCUUCUGCUGAACUCCGUAAGAAGAAGAAGGACCGUAUGGCCCGCCGCAAGAGAGGAGAGGAGGUAUUCACCGAUGAGGAUGAAUAA